CCGUUCCGAGCCGAACUUUUAUAUAACCCGAAUGGGGUUGAUUUUGAUAAACCCGAAAAACCAAAACCCGAAUGGAUAAAACCGAAACCCGAUUGGGACCCCGAAUACCCAUGCCUAGACGUAAGUCCCAAACACCUUUUGGUUAACGAUCAUUAUUGCUUUUUUUUGGAACGCUACUUCAUUUAAAUCAUCAGUCAAGCGGUUUAGACCUUAAGUAUCGGUUAUAAACAAAUGAUAUCAUCAUCUUUUUAUAUUUGGGUCUUAAGUAUAAUAAUAGUCAGACUGCAAAAUUUUGUGUUGUUUUACUGUGAUCUAUUACCAAAUUAUACUUCAAAUUAUAAGCUUAAUCCAAUUUUAAUUUUUUUUUUAAUAUUUUAAUUUUUCAUCUUAUGUUGUAAAAAAAGUAAAAAUUUGAUAUUUUAAAAAUUAGUAUAACUUCAAAAAGGAAAAUAUAUAAAUUUUAUUUUAUUGAUAAGUUAGAAAAAGAAAAUAUCCAAAUGUAUCGGUCCAACAUAUAGAUGAUUAUAUAAACAAUCAAGAAGUGUAUACAUAUAAAAAAAUUCGAUCAUAUAUAGAUUUGAAAUUUGUCAAUACAAUAUGUUUAAUAUUUUAAUAAUAUAAUUCAAUCUCUGCAAAGUGCAUAUCUUAUCCCAGUCAUGUAACUAUUUUGUGUACUGUUCAAAGUCAAUGUUAAUAUUGAAGUCAAUGAUUUACUUUCUUAUACUGGCAAUCAGCAUUCAUGUAUUUACGAUCCAUGAUUUUGACUAGAGGAUAUUGGCAAUGACGAUAAUCAAAAAUUUGAUAAGAACCUCGAUAGUUCAUGGUAGACCUCAGCAUAUAAACCGAGAACCGAAAAGUAAACUGAACCGAUAUGCACAAAUAUCUAAGCGGUUUAUAUAUUUCUUAAACUGAAAAACUGAAACCAAACAAAAAAACGAAUCGGUAUUCGUCUAAAAUUCCGUUUAUAUAAUAAAAAAAACAAUUUUUAGUUCUAAAAUUACCAAAGAGUCUAAAAUGCUUCUUAUAAACUGAAUUAUUUUAAUAUUUUGUCCAAAAUAUUUAAUAUUAUAUGAACUAUAAAAAAAAUUGAAUUAUCCAAAUAUUUUUUUUAUCUGGACUAUCUAAAUUUAUCCAAAUUACCUGAUAUUUGAUUUGAAAAAACUAAAAAAUAAAAAAUCUGAUUUUCAUGUGAAUCAUCCGAAAUUAUCCAAAAACUAGAACGUAACCAGAACUGAAGUGGAACUGAAAUUUUAUCUGAUGUUACCCAGUUUCUAACAUUGUUACCCAAAACAAACCAAAAUAAAUGAGCUGAAACAGAAUCGAGUUUCAAAAAUAAUCGAACUGUUCCUAUAUCUAUAAAACAAAAAACCAAAGAAAAACGAACGUCCAAUGCCUAGUUAAUGUUAACAAAAAAACUUUACAUAAACCGAACAUUCAUGAUCCAUUGCUUGACUAAAUUGUAACUUCCUUAUGUGUAUUCAAAUGUAUAGUAAGUACUAGAUAUUCUAACAAAUGUUCAAUGCGUCAAUUUGAUUUGCUUCCCAAAAUUUACUGACAAAAUCAGUUGAACUGGACUUGAAGUUUGUUUGAACUCUUCGUAUAUAAAUACUUGCCUUCUUUUGAGAGUUGAAUAUACAGAUAAAAUUGAUACCAAAAAAAUAAUUUUCUCUUUGAUUCUUACAAUGCUAUUAACACUAGCAUUGGUUUCUGUUUUCUUGUUUUUUGUUGGUCAUGCUCAUCCUCAAGAAAUUUCAGGAAAUGCAAAUGUUUCUGCACUCUUCGCUUUUGGGGAUUCCAUACUCGAUACCGGCAAUAAUAAUAAUCUCACCACUCUUUCCAAGUGCAAUUACUUCCCGUAUGGUAGAAAUUUUGUAGGCGGAAAAGCUACAGGAAGAUUUGGAAAUGGAAGAGUUUUCUCCGAUCUAAUUGCCGAAGGUUUGAGUUUAAAACCACUCUUACCAGCUUAUCAUGAUCCCAACCUUUCGAACAUUGAUCUCCCGACCGGUGUUUGCUUCGCAUCCGGUGGAUCCGGACUCGAUGAACGCACUGCCAAGCCUCAAGGAGUUAUAUGGGUGCCAGAUCAGGUGAAAGAUUUCAAAGAGUAUGUCACUAAACUACACGGCGUUUUAGGAAACCAAGAAAAAACAAACGCAAUUAUAUCAAACGCCGUUUAUUUAACCUCAGCUGGAAACAAUGAUCUUGUCUUCACCUUUUGGACUGGGAGGUCACAAUCCACUAUUUCAGCUUACACUGAUCUCAUGGUCACUUGGACUGAAAAUCUCUUAAAGAGUCUAUAUGAUAUGGGUGCAAGAAAGUUUGCGGUUCUUGGAACGGUGCCCCUAGGUUGCUUGCCAGGAAUAAGAAAAAUUGAUGGAGAUAUAUCGAAAUUGUGUUCAGUCACUGAAAAUCAGUGGGCUGAUACAUUCAACAAAAAGUUAUCUGUUAUGCUUAACACUCUCGAAACAAAACUUCCUGGUGCCAAGUUUUCCUACGUAGACAUGUAUAAUUCUCUUCUUGGUCUCGUCAACAAUCCUCAGGCUUCCGGGUUUACUGAAGUGGCUGAUGCAUGUUAUAUGCCGACGACAUCGCCUAUUCCGUGCCCGGAUGCAUCUCGUUACGUAUUUUGGGAUCUUGCCCACCCUAGCGAGAAGGCAUAUCAAACGAUUGCACCAAAGAUAAUAGAAGAACUCAAGAAUAAACUAGCAUGAUGUAUUUAUACAUAUAGCUUUUACUUUUUUUAUAUUUACAUAAAAAUAAAUU